UUAUAAAGAAGAACCGGAAGCGCAGAGAAUGAAGGAAACAAGAGAGAAACAGGGAAACAGGGAGGGAGAGAGCGAUUGAGUAAUUGGGAAAAAUCAAGCGAGUGGUUGUUUUUGGUCCCGGAAGGACCAGGGAAUGAAUAGAGAUGAUAGGUUUUCGGCUGAAGAGAACUGAGCUAAGUGGCCAAGCCAAACGCAGAAUCGGCGGCAGAAAUUGCCACCGGAAGCACGUCGAAGACGGGUGAACUAGCCCACCAUUUCUCUUCAAUUUCCCUUCCCCAACCCAAAUCUGUAAGAUACCACUUCUGUAUUGUAAUUCGCAGCACUGCUAGUACUAGUAGAAGUAAAAGGAGUAGUAGUGUUUUUCUAUAUUUUGAUGAUGGCUGAGAAAACCAGCAGCGGCGAGGCUAAUAACUCCCUGUUGCUCCACGGGAAGUACGAGCUAGGGCGGCUACUGGGUCACGGAACGUUCGCCAAGGUGUACCACGCGCGGAACCUCAAGAGCGGAAAGAGCGUGGCCAUGAAGGUGGUGGGGAAGGAGAAAUUGAUUAAGGUGGGGAUGAUGGAGCAGAUGAAAAGGGAGAUCUCGGCCAUGAACAUGGUCAAGCACCCCAGCAUCGUUCAGCUCCACGAGGUCAUGGCCAGCAAGUCCAAGAUCUACAUCGCCAUGGAGCUCGUGCGCGGCGGCGAGCUCUUUAACAAGAUCGCCCGCGGCCGUCUCAGGGAGGACACGGCGCGCCUCUACUUCCAGCAGCUCGUCUCCGCCGUCGACUUCUGCCACAGCCGUGGCGUCUACCACCGCGACCUCAAGCCGGAGAACCUCCUCCUCGACGAGGAGGGCAACCUCAAAGUCACCGACUUCGGCCUCAGCACCUUCUCCGAGCACCUCCGCCAGGACGGCCUGCUUCACACCACUUGCGGCACCCCGGCCUACGUGGCGCCGGAGGUCAUCGGGAAAAAGGGCUACGACGGCCCCAAGGCUGAUAUCUGGUCUUGCGGUGUAAUCCUCUAUGUACUCCUCGCAGGGUUUUUACCCUUCCAGGAUGACAACUUGGUCUCCUUGUAUAAGAAAAUUUACCGCGGUGACUUCAAGUGCCCGCCGUGGUUUUCAUCCGAGGCACGCCGCCUCAUUACGAAGCUCCUCGACCCGAACCCGAAUAACCGAAUAACGAUUUCCAAGAUCAUGGACUCGUCCUGGUUCAAAAAGUCGGUUCCGAAGGACGUGAUGGGAGCGAAGAGAGAAGAGUUGGAUUUGGAAGAGAAGAUUAAGCAGUUAGAAGAAUCUAAGUCCACCACGAUGAAUGCUUUCCAUUUAAUUUCGCUUUCGGAGGGGUUCGAUUUGUCGCCCUUGUUCGAGGAGAAGAAGAAGGAGGAGAAGGAGAUUCGGUUUGCGACCACACGCACCGCGAGUAGCGUGAUCUCACGGCUGGAGGAGGUGGCGAAGGCGGUGAAGUUUGACGUUAAGAAAAGCGAGAGCAAAGUGAGGUUGCAGGGUCAACAGCGGGGUCGGAAAGGGAAGCUUGCAAUUGCUGCGGAUUUAUACGCCGUGACGCCGUCGCUUUUGGUGGUGGAGGUGAAGAAGGACAACGGUGAUACCUUGGAGUACAACCAGUUCUGCAGCAACCAACUUCGUCCUGCGCUUAAAGACAUCGUUUGGAGGACUUCCCCUUCUGAGAAUCCUACACCUGUUUGAACCGACACUCCCAUUGUUGCGUCUUGCUCCUUAGAGACAUUCAAUUUCGUUCGUUCUGCUGUGUUUGUUUGUUUGUUCAUUAUUGUUUGAAGUGAGAUUUGAGAGACACUAUUGAAUUAUUUGCUUGCUUCUUGUUCCAAAUCUGUGUUUGGGGCUUUGGGUAUGAGUCCAAUGCAUGUGUUGCAUUAACCUGAAUGGGCAAUUCCGGAAAAUAAAGAUAAUGAACAGGAAUCGACAUGAAGGUGUCGAAGUAAAUGUGCUGUGGAUGAUGUUGUUCUUAUGUUGCCGUCAUUGUCAAUGUUUGCAAAUUGAUUGGUGUGCUCA